AAAUGCAAUUUCUUUUUUUUUUUAAGGUCUAAAAAUGUCGAUGAGUAGAAAGAAGAAGACGAACCUAAAACUACAAGUAUCAGAAGAUGCCCCCGCAAUCAUACCUCCUGCUAAUUUAGACAAGAAAACGACAAUAACAAUUGGUGACAAAACUUUUAUCGUUGAAGCAGAUGAUUUAGAGAAGAUAUGUGAUCUUGGUCGAGGUGCAUAUGGUGUUGUAGAGAAAAUGAAACAUAUUCCUAGUGGAACUAUCAUUGCAGUCAAGAGAAUAGCAGCAACAGUAAACACACAAGAACAAAAACGAUUGCUUAUGGAUUUGGACAUUUCUAUGCGUAGCAGUGACUGUCCAUACACUGUUCAGUUUUAUGGGGCACUGUUUCGAGAGGGAGAUGUUUGGAUUUGCAUGGAAGUCAUGGACACAAGCCUUGAUAAGUUUUAUGCCAAAGUUUACAAGCAUGGAAGAAAAAUACCAGAAGAUAUCCUUGGAAAAAUUGCAUUAGCUGUAGUCAGUGCAUUACACUAUCUUCAUUCACAGUUGAAGGUGAUACAUAGGGAUGUUAAGCCUUCAAAUAUUUUAAUAAAUAGAAAAGGGGAGGUAAAAAUGUGUGACUUCGGAAUUAGUGGUUAUUUAGUAGACUCAGUUGCUAAAACAAUUGAUGCUGGAUGUAAACCCUACAUGGCACCUGAAAGAAUAGAUCCAGAAGGCAAUCCGUCUCAAUAUGAUAUUCGUUCAGACGUUUGGAGUUUUGGGAUAUCAAUGAUUGAAUUGGCAACAGGUAAUUUCCCAUACCAAAAAUGGGGAACACCUUUUGAACAGUUAAAACAGGUGGUAACAGAUGAUCCACCAAGAUUGCCUACUGGCGAGUUCACCCCUGAAUUUGAGGAUUUUAUAUCCAAAUGUUUACAGAAAAAAUAUACUGAUCGAUUAAACUACGAUCAAUUAUUAAAGCAUCCGUUUUGUCUUCUACAUAAAGAAAAAGAAACCGACGUGGCUUCUUACGUUUCGGAAAUAUUAGACUUGCCAGAUAAUGUAUGAGAUUCGUGUGUGAUUUCUUAGCUAGUAAGAAUGUGUUUAUAUUUUUAUUUACGUUUUUAAACAGCAAGUGCAAAUUAUUAACGUGCUUUGUAAGAAGCGCAGAUUUAACUUCAUUCAUUUUUUUCACUAAUUUCUUUAAACAUUAAAAACCUAUUUAUUUUUAGGCAAAAGAAAAUAGCUAUUCAAUUUUAAAUCAACGUUUUUAAAGUAACUUAUACAUAUGUUUUAAUGAAACUUAAUUUUUUUAAGUUAUGUUUUAGCCAUGAAAGUUUUUAUACAAAAAAAAUAGUCAUUUUAGACCUUCUACGUUUGUUUUUAAUGAUUAGUAGCAAUCAUGAAUAGUCUACUAUAAAUAAUGCAAGCAGAGUACAAAU